CCCAAGGAAAGCUGAGAGGCGGGCUCUCAACUGGGGAUACAGCGGAGCCCGAGCUGCGGAAGUAUCCAGAGCCUGGGACAUUCAUGGGGGAACAAGACCAAGACCUGCUGUAACUGAGAAGCCCCCAAGGCGAAUGCUGAGAAACCUAAGGCACUUCAGCAGACAUCUAAAAAUCUCAGACAGAAUAUGACUCAAGCGCACAGGAAGAGGCGGAUGGCCUCAUCGCCUGCGAUAAUAAGGGCGCAGGCAAUACUGCAGAAGGAAAUGGUGCGAGAGUUCCUGGCCGAGUUCAUGAGCACGUAUGUCAUGAUGGUGUUUGGCCUUGGCUCCGUGGCUCAUAUGGUUCUAGGAGAAAGUUUCGGCAGCUUCCUUGGUGUCAACUUGGGUUUUGGCUUCGGAGUCACCAUGGGAGUGCACAUUGCAGGGAAAAUCUCUGGGGCCCACAUGAAUGCAGCCGUGACCUUCACCAACUGUGCACUAGGCCGCUUGUCCUGGAAGAAGUUUCCUGUGUACGUACUGGGUCAGUUCCUGGGUUCCUUCCUGGCUGCUGCCACCAUCUACGGCCUCUUCUACCCGGCCAUUUUCAACUACUCAAAUGGACAGCUGACCGUGACUGGUCCUAUAGCCACCGCUAACAUUUUUGCCACCUAUCUUCCUGACCACAUGACAUUGUGGAGGGGCUUCCUGAAUGAGGUGGUAAUUACGGGGAUGCUCCAGCUGUGUCUCUUCGCCAUCACGGACAAGAGGAAUAACCCAGCACUGCAAGGGACACGGGCCGUGGUGAUCGGCCUCCUUGUUGUCAUCAUUGGAGUGUCCCUGGGCAUGAACACAGGAUAUGCUAUCAACCCAUCCCGGGACCUGCCUCCCCGCUUCUUCACCUUUAUUGCUGGCUGGGGCGUAGAGGUCUUCAGGGCCCAGAACUGGUGGUGGGUGCCACUAGUGGCACCGCCCCUGGGUGCCUUCUUAGGUGGAAUCAUCUACUUGGUCUUGGUUGGCUCCACCAUCCCGCAGGAGCUCCAGGUAUUGGAGAACCCCAUGGAGUAUGAAGACCGCAAAAUACCCAAGACCAUGACUCACCAAAUCGCAACCUCUUCCCUUACCCGUGUCUGUGUGUCCCCCAACAGACCUUCAGUCCAGCCUGUCCCACCCUUAAAUGACUCCAUCUGCAUGGAGCAAUUCUAAGAUUAUUUGUGACCCCCACCCCCACCCCAAUAAAGAAGGCCUUGUCCCACAGUGGCACCCUUACUUCCUGGGUGUCUCCUGUGGUUGGGCUUCUCUCCUGGAUUCUUCCAGGAACUCGGGGGUUAUGCUGUAGCCCAAGGCUGGAUGGAGCAUGGAGCCAAGAGGUCUCGGACUCCUUCCAGCCCUGGGAGCUGGGGCUCCCCCUGGAGGAAAAUGGGGAAAGGCCAACCUGCGGCUUCAGGAAGAACAGGAUGAGAUUAAAAGAUGCCAGACACAGAACGGUGGACUUUCAGGCAUCGUGUAGGAAAGGGAUGGUUUUGGGAAAAAGAGAACAGCUAGCUGGUGGUAGUUGGAGGCGGUUCCAAGGAUACUUUGAACUGCCCUGGGAUAGGAUUCGAGACUCUCCCUCAGUUUUGGCCAGUCCUUGGCCCACACAAGACAAGGCCCAAGUGUGUAGAUAGUUUCUCAACCUUUUUCCAUUAUUGCCCCCCUGCCAGAAGUCUUUUAGAUAUUUUUUCUUAAUGAUAUAUUUUAAUAUCACAGAUAUACUGUAUUAUUUCUUUAUGUACUUUAUGUAUAUCUGUACUUUAUACAAAAAUAAUAAGAUAUUUUUUUCACCUCCAAGAAUUAAUUUUCUCUCCCUUGGGGGCAAAAUUACCCCCCACCCUUGAAAGUGCCUGAUGUAGAUUGAAAGUAGGUAAGAGGUCAGACUUCUCUUCCUCCUUCCGGUGCCAGAGCGCUCCCACAUUAAGGAAUUCCAGAGUUAGGAAGGAAGAUGCCGAGAGGGGAAUCCUUCCAAAAGGUGUAGAGACAGGAAACGGCCUUGUGGGGUUCUAGGGGACAGGCCCAGAGAUUAGGUGGAGGUGGGGCAGCCAGGAUCCACCGACUCUGGGGCCAGGCAGGAAUCAUUCUGCUUUCUGGAACUCAGAAGGCAGCGUCACCCAUGGUUCCUGUCAUUGCUUGUGCAUUUAUCCUUUCAACAAUUGUUGAGCACCUCCUGUAUGCAGGCCUUGCUUGGGCACUGGCAAAGCUGCAGUGGAUGAGGCUGGGUGGUCUUUGAUGAGGCCUUUGAGGAGUGUGUUCUAGUGGGGACAGGAGGAAAGAAGUAAGUGGUGAAGAUGGGGCUGCACGGAGGCUGUGGGGAUCAGAGAGGGCUCACGCCUCAAAGCUGAGGCCAGGGAUGACUUCCCAGAGGAGGAGACAGAGCAGAGGAGGGGCCAGGGGUAUCCUUUCUGGGGCUGGUUGCUGCACUUUAAGGUUUGAGGGGACAGGGGGCAGAGGAGGCUGGGCUUUCUUCUGGAAGUGCGGACAUGAUGAGAUGCUGUGUGCAGGUUGCUGGAAAAGGGGGAGAUUGGGGCCUGCAAGGGAGUGUGGUGAGAGGCAAUAAUGCAGGAGCAGCAGCAGAGCACCUAAUAGGUCAGUGCUGGUGGGUGUGAGAGAAGGGAUUCCCUCAAUACCUAGGAGGUAAAACCUACAGGACUUGGGCUCAGAUUAGAUGAAGAAGGUGAGGGCGUGGCAGAAGUCGGGCUGACUUUCAGUUUCUUACUUGGGCCUGAGGCGUUGGAGAUGUCCCCACUGAAAGCAGAGCAUGGGAGAAUUGGUUUGGAGAGGAUGAUGAUAAUUUAUAUCAUGGGCAUGCUGAGCUUGAGUUGUCUAUAGGACCUGAAGGGCAAGAGGUGUGUAGUCUUGGGUGAGUUACUCUUUCUGGACCUCUGUUUUCUCAUUUUACAAAUGAGUCUAAUAAUAUUACCGACCAUUUGUGUUUCUGUGAUAUUCAAUGAAAUAAAACAUAUACAAUGCUGA